UGUUUUCGUUUCAAUUCUGUAGUUUUUAAAGAGAAGAGAAGAGGGGAGAGAGAGAGAGAGAGAGAGAGAGAGAGAGAGAGAUGUUGGGUGGUACGAUUACAGUUCCAGACCCUCUUCCUACUCCCUCCCAAGACGCUGAGAACCUCAGAAAGGCUUUCAAAGGAUGGGGGACGGAUGAGAAAGCUAUAAUUUCGAUAUUGGGCCACCGGAAUGCGGAUCAACGGUUGAAAAUUAGGCAAACUUAUCAUGAUUCGUACGAGGAGUCGCUUAUCGACAGUCUUAAAUCCGAGCUUUCUGGGGAUUUUGGGAAAGCAGUGAUCUUAUGGGCAUUGUAUCCUCCUGAAAGAGAUGCGAAAUUGGCCAGUGAGGCACUAAGGAAGAAGGGUGUGAAACACGUAGCGGUGAUAGUAGAGAUAGCAUGUGCUUCAUCUCCUCACCAUCUGAUUGCUGUCAGACAGGCCUAUUGCUCUCUCUUCAACUGCUCGCUGGAAGAAGAUAUCACUCUCUAUGUGGCCCAACCGCUUAGAAAGCUUUUGCUGGCUCUGGUGAGCUCAUAUAGGUAUGACAGGGAAGUGGUGGAUGAGAAUAUAGCCAAUUUAGAGGCGGAUAAGCUACAUGAUGCUAUCAAAAAGCGGCAGUUGGAUCGAGAAGAUGUUAUUUGGAUACUGAGCACGAGGAACAAGACCCAACUCAAAGCUACAUUCAACAGUUACAAACAAGUCUAUGUGAAGCCCAUUGACCAGGAAAUUAAAGAAUGCGGCGACAGUGACUUCUUGUCACUGUUACAAACGGCAGUUUGGUGCAUAGAAACCCCCGAAAAUCACUUUGCGGAGGUCAUUAGGUCGUCUAUAGUGGGAAUUGGGACGGAUGAAGAUUCAUUAACGAGAGCUAUAGUUACACGUGCUGAGAUCGACAUGUUGAAGAUUAAAGAAGCGUAUUAUAAGGAAAACAAAGGUAGCCUUGUUGAUGCAGUAAUAGGUGACACUUCAGGAGAUUAUAAGGACUUCUUGCUUACCUUACUUGGUGAAGGGAAACUAUGAUUUUCUGUUACUCUAAACAUCAGUCGCCUCUUUGAAACUGGAGUCUUAGUAAUGCUUAUGUUUUGGGUGCUUUGCUUGUUGUUUGAUGUCUCCACAACAGUUGUAUGUGAAUCUCCUUCCAUUGCUUGUACCAUAAACUUAAAUGCAGACAUAACUGGAACUUUCCUCUCCACUGAUUGAAGAGGCAGUUCAUUAGUA